AUGAAGAAGUUUCGGAAGGUAUUGGACGGCUUGACCACCUCCUCUCCGGGAGGGACUCUCGGAUCCCCAUCGAGCGGUAGCGCGGCCGGGACUCCCACAUCGGCGCCAACUCCCAAGGACAUCGACGUCCAGGAGACGCUGGUGUCGGAAAACUUUCAGCUGUGUACGACUGUACGUCAUGGCUUUCCUUACCAGCCCACUGCGUUGGCCUUUGACCCUGUGCAGAAGAUCCUGGCCAUUGGCUCCAGAACAGGUGGCAUACGGAUACUGGGAGGACCCGGGGUGGACUGCUACUGUCAGCAUGAGAGCGGAGCAGCUGUCCUCCAGCUACAGUUCCUCAUCAAUGAGGGGGCGCUGGUCACAGCCUGUGCAGAUGACACACUUCACUUGUGGAAUCUCCGUCAGAGGCGACCGGCUGUCCUCCAUUCACUUAAAUUCAAUAGAGAGAGGAUCACGUUUUGCCACCUUCCCUUUCAGAGUAAAUGGCUGUACGUGGGGACAGAGCGUGGAAACACACACAUCGUCAACAUCGAGUCCUUUGUUUUGUCCGGAUACGUCAUCAACUGGAACAAGGCCAUAGAACUGUCAACUAAAACUCAUCCAGGACCUGUGGUUCAUUUGAGUGACAGCCCAAAGGAUGAAGGCAAGCUGCUUAUAGGGUUUGAAAGCGGGACAAUCGUACAGUGGGACCUCCGGGGCAAGAAGGCCGACUUCAGAAUCUACUACGAUGAGGCCAUCCAUUCAGUCGGCUGGCAUCAUGAAGGGAAGCAGUUCAUGUGCAGCCACUCAGACGGCAGCCUGUCGAUGUGGAACCUCAGAAACACCACAAAGCCAUUCCAGGUCACCUUCCCUCAUGGAAAGAUACAGAAGGAUGGGAGAAAGGAGUCAUGUAAACCUAUACUCAAAGUGGAGUACAAGACCUCGAGGAACAGCGAACCUUUUGUUAUCUUCUCUGGGGGUCUUUCCUAUGACAAGGCAGGGCGGCGGCCAACGUUAACCAUCAUGCAUGGCAAGGCCAUCACUGUGCUGGAGAUGGACUAUCCUAUUGUAGAGUUCAUGGCACUCUGCGAGACUCCAUACAACAACGAGGUCCAGGAGCCUUACGCAGUGGUGGUGCUUUUGGAGAAGGACUUAAUCGUGGUGGAUCUGACACAGAGCAACUUCCCUGUCUUUGAGAAUCCUUACCCCAUGGACAUACACGAGUCUCCAGUUACCUGCACAGCCUAUUUUGCCGACUGUCCGCCCGACAUCAUCCCCAUCCUCUACUCGAUAGGAGCUAAACACAAGAAGACUGGCUACAGCCAAAAGGAGUGGCCAGUCGCCGGAGGAACGUGGACGUUAGGCUCCCACGCCUAUCCAGAGAUCAUCGUCACAGGACAUGCUGACGGAUCAAUAAAGUUUUGGGACGCAUCUGCAAUCACACUACAGAUGCUGUACAAGCUGAAGACCUCCAAAGCCUUUGAGAAGCCAAAGCCAGCUGAGGGCCGGGCAGCCGAGUUGGUAGAAGAAGACCCCUUUGCUAUUCAAAUGGUCAGCUGGUGCCCCCAGAGUCGCAUCUUCUGUGUGGUUGGCAUCUCGGCCCACAUCAUCCUGUACCGUUUCAGCAAAUAUGAUGCCAACACUCAGAUAGUGUCACUAGAGGUCCGCCUACAAUGUGAGGCGGAGGAUGUCGUCUCUCCGUCUGAGAAUGAAAACAAUCCCUGCUUCUCGGAGUCCAGCCCCCACUCACCUCAACCCCACCAGCAACACCCAGCCAGCCCCGGCAGCAGCACGCCUGAGGGUAACAAAGACAGCAUCCCCUGCAUUAAGGUGAAGGACCGGAUGGUCCGGGUCCCUCCUGGCUACCAGGCAGAGUUGGUCAUCCAGCUGAUGUGGGCAGAUGGAGAACCUCCACAACAGAUCACCAGCCUGGACAUCAACUCUGCCUAUGGCCUUUUGGCUUUUGGGAACUGUAAUGGCCUCGCAGUGGUGGACUACUUGCAGAAAACCAUCCUGUUGUGUAUGUCCACACUGGAUCUCUAUGGAGCUGCUGACCCGUACCAACGCCUUACCCGCUCCCCCCGCAGGAAUAGACAGUCGACCUCAGGUAAGGUUUGCAUGCGCGGCAUGUCUAACGUGUAUUCAGAUUCAAAGAAAAGGAUCCGUACAUCCUAUCAGAGCCUUACUGAACUCUCUGACAACCAGCAGUCCAUUGACAUGGAGAGAAGCAAGUCGCCCACCUCAGAUCAUGUCAAUGGACAUUGCACUAGCCCCACCUCCCAGCCCAAGCCUCGCAUCCCGAUGGGUCCCGAGGGGCCACGGCUUACCCGCAGAGGGCCUGGCCGACCGCCCUUCCGCAAGGCCCAGUCCGCUGCUUGCAUGGAGAUCUCUUUGCCUGUGUCCCACACUGAAGAGAGCCGUGAAAACUCCUUCAGCCGCUCACGCAGUUCCAGUGUUUCCAGCAUCGACCGGGAGACCAAAGAGGCCAUCACCACACUGCAGUUUGGAGAGUCCUACGGGCGCAAGGGUGACGCACUGCCCACCCCAUGUCUAUGGGUGGGCACCAGCUUAGGCGUGGUCCUUCUCAUUCCAAUGUCCAUUCCCACCGCCCACGAGGAGAGGAUGGAGGAACCGGUGACAAUUGGCCCCAGCGGCACGGUCGUGAUGCUGAAGGGCUCGGUGUUGCGCUUCAGCUUCUUGGACUGUAUGGGAGCGCUCAUUCAGAGCCCCCAUGAGGUUUGGCGGGACCCCAACGCCCCCGAGGACCCUGACCGAGUGCGUCGACGCAAGCUGAUCCACUUUUCAUCAUCAUCCUCCCAAGAAGGAGAGGGGCAUCUGGCUGUGGUGUGCUCCGAGAGGCAGGCCAAAGUAGUCUUGAUGCCCUCACAGUCUUGCCUCUAUGUCCACAACAUCACCGAGUCGUCCUUUGUGCUGCGAGCCGACGUGGUUUCUGUGAGCAACAGUGUGUGCCUGGCCUGCUUCUGUGCUAACGGACACGUUAUGACACUCAGUUUGCCCAGUCUAAGACCGCUGAUGGAUGUCAAUUACUUGCCUCUGACAGACAUGCGCAUCGCAAGAACCUUUUGCUUCACCAACGGGGGUCAGGCACUAUAUCUUAGCUCCCCAACAGAGAUUCAGAGAAUUACAUACAGCCAGGAGAUGUGUGACAACAUGCAGGAAAUGCUGGGGGAGCUAUUUACACCAAUAGAAACACCGGAAGCCCAGAACAGAGGAUUCCUAAAGGGCUUCUUUGGAGGACAUUCUCAUAACUUCGACAGAGAGGAGCUCUUUGGUGAGGCAGCAGCUGGGAAGGGUUCUCGGAGUCUAGCCCAGCACAUUCCUGGGCAGGCGGGGAUGGAGGGCAUGAAGGUGGCAGCUAGCGGAGUUGCAGGUGACCUGGCACGGGCCCGCAUUGCUCUGGAUGAGAGAGGCCAAAAGCUUGGGGAGCUGGAGGAUCGAACCGCACUCAUGAUGACCGGUGCAGAAACCUUCUCCAAACACGCUCACGAGCUGAUGCUGAAGUGCAAGGACAAGAAGUGGUACCGGUUCUAAUUGCAAGAGGGCUGAGGCUGCCCUUGAUCUGCCGGGAGCUUUUUGCCGGAACAGGGACUUUCACUCCAGAAAUGAGAGCAAUUAAAAGAGAGACUCAAGAGUGACUUUGUCUUCACGGCUUCUGAACAGGCUCCGGUGCUGUCGCGUUGUGGAAGGAAGGCGACGUGUUAGUUCCUUGUAGACACGAAUGGAUGAGGACAGAAAGAGAAAGGCACAUGGUUGCAUUUGAUGGA